UUUUGAUACUGUAAUAAUAAAUUUUAGUUUAUUUCAAUAAUUGUGCACACUUGUUGUAUAAUUUUAAAUUAAAAUUAAAACUAAUUAUGCUUUUUUUCUCCAAGUUUGUUUUAAUAUGUUUAGUGUUCUAUGUGCCAGUUGGUUACAGUAGCCAGGUUAUAUCAGCCUGCUAUUUUACAGAUUGGUCGAUUUAUAGACCUGGUUACGGUUCGUACAAUGUUAGUGAAAUUAAUGUUUGCGACACUAAGUGCACCCACUUGAUUUACUCUUUUGCUAAAUACAAUAUCGAAAAAAAUACCCUGGAGAUAGUUGAUAUAGGUCAAGGAUUCGUUCCGAUUCUUACAAGCUGCAAGAAGUACAACAAAAAAGUGUUGUUAGCAGUAGGUGGAUGGACUUAUUCCGAGAAAAACUUAAUCCAGCCAUUAUUCAGCAGCCACGAUGUUAUCGACCAGUUCGUUCAAAAUUCGAUCACGUUUUUAACAGAACAUUCGUUUGAUGGAUUGGAUUUGGACAUGGAAUAUCCGAGUUGUUGGCAGAUGGAAUGUGAUGCGACCAGUGGAGAAAAAGAAUCGUUCGCAUACUUGGUAAAGACUAUGAAAUCUGAAUUUAAAAAACAUGGCUUAAUGUUAACAGUAGCUGUAUCACCUAAUCAGAAAGUUAUAGACGUAGCGUACGAUGUGAAAACACUAAAUGAAUAUGCUGAUUGGAUAGGAAUAAUGGCAUAUGAUUACUAUAGUUAUAAUGAUAAAAAAACAGGAUUAGUAGCGCCGUUUAAUAACCAGCCGGAUGAAAAAACAGCAUAUAGUGUGCAAUCAUCGGUAGAGCUUUGGAUUAAUCAUGGAGCUAAACACAACAAACUUGUUUUGGGUAUACCUUUAUAUGGAAAGUCAUUUAAACUAGAUUUAAAAAAUCAAAACGGUUUGAACGCUCCUGCAAGCGGAGCACCGAUUCUUGGACAAUUUACAAAAGAAGCAGGAAUUCUCUCAUUCAUGGAGAUAUGUUUAUACUUAAAAAAAAAUAAUUGGAAUGAAGUUUUUUUGAAAGAUUUGGGUUCAUAUGCAUACAAGCAAUUGGAUUGGGUCGGUUAUGACAACGUUUCAAACAUCAAAAGAAAGGCACAAUAUAUUUUGGAUUUGAAACUAGCAGGAGCAAUGUUUUGGGCAUUAGAUUUAGAUGAUUUCCGUAAUGUGUGUGGUUAUGGUAAGUAUCCACUACUGACAGCGUUCGAUAAAACUGUACAAUGGAAAUGUGACAAUACAUUAUAAAGCAUGAUUUAAAAAUAAGUAUACAUUGAUUUAAAUAACAUUUAUUUAGCUUAAAAAUCACAAAACUAUUCAAUAAAUACAUUUAUAUUCAACAUAACUGUUAAGCAAUAAUUUAAAUAAAUGAUAAUGUUGUCAUA